UAGCCCCACACCGGAUCUCGGGGGACGCCUCUGGAGCCUCGCUGCGAGGUGUUCACGACGUCGGAUGUUUGGGAAGGCCGCUGGCGGGAUGCCGGGCGCAUCCGCCAGCUCCGGCCCGACGGGCUGGACGGGGGCCUGGCCGGCAGGCCUGAAGCCUGGCUCGCGGGUGCGCCUGGAGGGCCUCACUGCCGAGGAGGCGCGGUUCAACGGCGUCUCCGGGACCCUGCGCGGUGCUGACCGCGAUGGCUCGCGCCUUCUGGUGGAGGUGAGGGGCGAGGCGAGGAUGUUCCGACCGAAGCACGUGGCAGCGCUGGAGGGCCAGCAUCGGAGGGCGCCUGCAACCACAUCUGCACGGAUCCUGACCGGGCCGAUCCUGGGCCCAGGAUCAGAGUGAGUG